AUGCAAACUGCCACGCCAGGUACCCAAGAACUUUUCGAAGUCAACAACAGAGCACAACAAAGAAGAAAUCUUCAUUUAGUCGGAGGUGUUAACAAAUACACAACAAUGCACAACAAAUGGUCGAAGAGCGGGCUGUCGUCAAGGUUGGUGCGCGCCUACUUGGCAGAUGAACCGUUCAAACAGUUUCUCGAUUCAUUGCUGUUCUAUCGUUAUCUGCAGUGGAAAUGGUUGGAGAAAAGGCCAAUAGACAAGCAUACGUUCAGAUUGUACAGAGUACUCGGUAAAGGAGGAUUCGGUGAAGUGUGCGCAUGCCAAGCACAACAAAUACAAAUAGUGGACCUGUUCCCUUUCGUUCGUGCGGCAGCCAAAUAUGGCUGCUAUUCGCAGCUAGUCUUGAUAAGUGUGAAAGUUGACAAAGACAAACUUUGGUAG